CUUUAAGCAGAAUUUCCCAAAACCCUAAAUCUUUUGCAAUGAUAAGAAGAAGACUCCCUUCAAUAACCUCUGUUUGUUCUCACUUCCUCACCAAACCCAUCUCCGGUCCAUCACAAAACCUCCAUUUCCGUUCCCUACAAUCCCUCCAAUGCUCCGACCCCAUUAACAAAAAUGGGUCAUUUUGGUUUCAGGGCAUUAGAGCUUAUAGUCUCUUGAGCUUAAACGAUCUGAGAGACAAUGUUCCCAGAAAACAGAAAACGAGGAAAGGGAGAGGUAUUGGGUCCGGCAAAGGGAAGACCGCAGGGAGAGGACAUAAAGGACAGAAGGCUAGAGGUAAUGGCAAGUUGGGAUUCGAAGGAGGGCAGACCCCGAUGCGGCGGCGUUUGCCUAAACGCGGCUUUAAGAAUCCUUUUAGUCUCACUUUUCAGCCAGUAGGAUUGGGAAAGAUAGCCAAACUUAUAAAUGCUGGGAAGAUUGAUUCUCAUGAAUUGAUCACAAUGAAGACUCUCAAGGAUGCUGGGGCCAUCGGGAAACAGAUCGAGGAUGGGGUAAGGUUGAUGGGUCGCGGUGCUGAACAGAUCAAGUGGCCAAUUCAUCUCGAAGUGUCGAGGGUGACUGUUAGAGCAAAGGAAGCAGUUGAAGCUGCCGGUGGAUCUGUGAGGAGAGUACACUAUAACAAAUUAGGGUUGAGAGCUCUGCUUAAACCUGAGUGGUUCGAAAAGAAGGGCAGGUUGCUGCCGAAACCAGCCAGGCCUCCUCCAAAGCUGAAGGAUAAAGUUGACAGCAUCGGCCGCUUGCCUGCUCCAACAAAACCUAUCCCCUUUUUCACGGAAGAGGAGCCAAUCUCCUCUCCUGCGUAGUAGACAGGUGAUCGGUUUGUUCGUUGAACCACAAGAUUGGCAUUCAAGUGAUUAUGUUCCGGAGGAAAACAAUCAAUAUAUUGCAAUCCUUUUCCAUGUCAUGAAAUAAUUUACAACUUUGUUCUUUGCACUUAGUUUGAUCCACAUCGAUCUAGAAAUAUUAGUCGACUUGUGUUUUGCACUCAGUUUGAACUUGGUGCUGUUGAGAAGCCAGAAAAACACAAGUUCAUCUCCAUGGUUGCA